CUAAUCGCUUUGAAGUUGACUAUCAGAGGACAAGAGAGAGCCUAACAGAAUACGAUAUAUCAAACGCAAAAGCUAUUAAGACGUGGUUUCGUUUAUGAAAGAAUAUUUGAAGAACUGAAAAGAUGGUGAACUACAACGAUUGAAACUGAAAAAGCUGGCUGCAACACUGAACUGUGAGUAACGCUUAAAGCUACAUUCUGCAACCACAAAGUGAGUGCGUAGAAUUCAAAAUACACGUAUUCAAUAAUAAAGGUAGAAAAAAAACAGUUAUUGAUACACUGAAGUAAAAAGAAAUCUGCAAAGAGAAACCCGCGAAGUCACCUAAAAUUCUAGCAACUAGUUACCAUAUUAAAAACCCGACAACAGAAAAAAGGGAACCAGUUGAUGACAUAGCAAGAAAGACAUUUUAAAAACACUGCAGUCUGCUAAGAGUUCCAAAGACUUAUCAGUUAUACAAGGGAACACAGAUAGGGAAAGACCAUACGAAAUUACGUCUGGUUUAUGUAGCUGAAUCGAAAGAUUAAAUCCCCAAUUUAUUAAUGCAGAGGCUUYUAUUACAAGUUUUCAAAGAGAUGAACUUAUAAAUUGUACAUUAUUCAUGUCAGACCACAACCUGUAGCUCUCAAACACGAACUGAGUAAUUCAGAUUAGACAAGUCUUGUUUGCGCACSGUGAACUAGGCAAAAACACAGCGGGAAGGGACGUUAUCAAAAUAAGUUAUUGAGGAGCGCAAAAUCUACAUCUCAAAGCACAGGAAUCAGUCAAGAAAGCUGUAUUAUAGGUYAAUCYACAAUAAAGAACUCAUGAGAAGAAAGAGGAUCCUUCACCCGCAAAAUUGAGACCUUUUUAUCAUUGCUGAACUUAUCUAUUCUUGUCUAUUCAUUAAACAAACCAAGCUGAACUUUAUUUCCAUCUUUGAAAACGGAAAUACUCAGUAAAUCACUCAGAAUCAUAAAUAUAGCAAGUUGACAUUUUAAAACUUGGAAACGCCGUGGAAAGGGUCUCAAGAAGCUUAAUUCACAAAAUGAAUGAUUCAAACCGCUGCAAUCGUACUAUUGAGAGCGAAGACAAAAAAAUUAUUGUUAUAUUCGCUAUAAUAUACCCUAUCCAAACCAUUCUAACACUGGUCACCAAUCUGAUAGUGUGUUGGUUGGUUUACAAGACCAAACGACUGCGAACCCCAGGUAACAUGAUUCUGGUAAGCCUCUGCAUCUGUGGGAUGCUACAAACGAUCGUCUUUGUUUUAAAAACUAUUUUCACUUUCUCAAAAGACGAGGAUGUUUGUAAAAUUGUGCAUCCUUUGUUGAAGUAUAUUGCCAUUAUCACCCAAGCACAUUUGAUAAUUCUCAGUAUUGACCGCUUAUUUGCCAUUACGUUCCCAUUGCGUUACAUAAAAUGGGUUACCGUAAAGGGCGCGGUCAUUGCCGCGGUAGUCGUGUGGGUAAUUGGUUUGUUCUUGAUAUUUGCGAUAUCAUAUAAUGGCGAAGAAGGGAAGUUUUGGAAAGGAAUGGCGCACUGCAGUCGUAACCGCUCGCUCAGGAAAACACCACACAAGAAGACAAAUAUGGUUGUCAAAUACUCAUGUAUAUAUUUCCUUCCACUGACCAUAAUCGUCAUUUCGUACACAAUAUCUUUCCGAAUUGCACUUAGCCAAGUGAAGGAGAUCUUCCCAAUGACAGAACACAACAUGAGAAAGAAAUCAGCUUUAAAAGCGGCCAGAACAACAGCUAUACUCAUUGGGACAUACUUCAUCUUAUACACCCCUUCCUACGUUUCUGUGAUUGUUCACAAGCUAAGAAAUCGCGGGCCUGGCUACGGUCCCUGUAAUACUGGUUACUAUGUUCGAUUAAUCACCUCAAAUAUUUGGUUAGCAGCUGCAUGGAUAAACCCUCUAGUCUACACGAUGACCAACGCAGACUUUAAAGAAACUCUCUUGAAACUUUUCAAACGAUGUGGGGUGAAACCUGUUCAUUCGCAUUCUGCAGAUUUAUCAAACGAUUCAAAGAGAGGGAAAUAAUUUGUGGUCGAACCUCUUAUUUAGGACAACAAAACGCCGCAAAAGAAAUUGUCCGUAGUACAGAGGUGUCCGGAAUAAGGAGGUGUGGCAAUAAGGCUUAUGAACAAUGCCUUAAUGGACUAGCGAAUACCCCUGAUUGUUGCCCUUUAAGAGCACUAAAGGACAUAUACAACUAUAAGCUGAAAGCUUAAAUCAAGACAAGGUAUUCAUGGCCAUUGUACAGCCAAUAUAGUCUUUUAUGCCAUGUUCAAUAACCAAUAACUAAUAGUCUUUCUAGUCAUCUUUCUGAUUUUAAACUGGCAUAAACAAUAUCGUAAUCCUAACCAAGAAUUACCAUAGACAAGACAGGAUCGUUUCUACAGCCAAUAUACAGUCUUAUUCUUUUUGUGAGAGGCCGAGUGAAAAAAUAAACAUAAAAUAGGAACAUUUUUUAGUUCACGCAAAUUCGAAAAGACCAAAUGAUAGCGAUGAGCGUGAAGUCUACUACGAGUUAUAAGUUUGGUAAGUUGACAGACGACGGAAGGUCAUUCUUGCUUUCAAGAACUAUAAUCGACUAGUCAAGUCCUUGUGGCCUUUAUACAGACAAUACAGACUUCUCAUCACGGAGAUCGUAAUCAAUCCUUAGCAAAGUAAUUAUAAGAGAUUAAUGGCGUUAAAUAUAUCGUUAGGGUUCAUAUUUGUAGACGAAUCGUAUCUAUAGGUCUAGCGAUGUUUUGAUUAACAUUUCAAGGGUGUGUCGUUGAUAGUAUUUAAGCGAUAAUCGCAGCCUGCUCACUAUCUAUCGGAUGAAUAGUGAGCAAGUGUUGCUCCAACCACAUGCGCUUAUUUAAAGAUGAUUUAUGCGUUAAUAGAAAAAAAGACCAAUCAUUGUACGAUUCACGCAAAUAGUGGUAAGAAUUAUGUAAUAAGUUCUGACAGCCAUGUGAUUGAUAUCAAUACGAGUAUAAAAAAAAAACAAAAAAAAAAA